UUUUUCAUCGGAAUGUAGGCACACACUGGGCUGAGCUUCAGGUGAACGCGGCUGCACGCAAUGCUGCUGCUCUCAUUCACAUCUGUACAAACUCAGGCGUAGUUUAUUUACGCACGCCGGUUCAUCACAGACGCUGCUUCUGACAGAUUAUAUUCAGCGCCUGAAGAUGUGAUUCUGAAACUGAAUGUGAAAUCUACAGGAGGACCAAGUGUCCUGACCGAAGCGCCGUUACUUUCUCUCAAGGAAAACGGAUGUUGUGUGUGACUGAAAGGCUCAGGUAGAGUUCACAGAAACCCACCUGAAGACAGAAGAUCUUAAAUCUGCCGCUUAUUAUCAGAAGUUCUUCAUUGUGAGGUCAAACCCCGAUGUGAAACUGAAAGCGAUUCGGUUUGCUCUAUGAAACAGCACCUUGGAAAAGUGAGAAGAACCUUAAAUAAUGCAAAUGAAAGGAGAAGAUGUAAAAUAGCCUGUAUUUAUUUUCAGUGAUUCGUUUUUAUUCAGGAUUAUGUAGGAUUCAGGUCAUCCUCUUUGGGUUCUGCGUGUGAGAAAACUUCAGGAAAGAUGAGUCCAGUUUCAGAUCUCGAGAAGUUAUUUUGUGACACCUGACGAAGACCUAAAAUGCAGACGUUAAACAACAGGAAGUUGUCUCUGUGCCAGGCCCUCACCCUCAUAACACUGCUGCUGUCUCCGGGUUGCCUGUCCUCUCUGCCCUCAUCCAGACGAGUAGAGCUGGGAGGCGAGGGACCACAGAUGUAUAGCCAAAUACAUUUCAUGAAUGAGUGGGCCUCAUGGGGUGGUUGGUCCGUGUGUUCGCGCUCCUGUGGUGGAGGGGCCUCUGUCCGUACACGCACCUGCAUCACCAGAAACCUGCUAGGAGGGCCGUGCCCAGGGGACACCAGGCAAUACAAGAUUUGUAACUCAAAGGAGUGUCCUGCUGACACUAUGGACUUCAGAGAACUGCAGUGUAAAGCUUUCAAUGACAGACCCCUGGUCGCUGGCAGCAGUUACCAUUGGACUACCUUUCAUGGAGGAUCCGACCCAUGUGAGCUCAGUUGCCUGGCAAUUGGACACAACUUCUACUACAACUUUGGCCGGGUGCUUGAUGGCACACCAUGCCAAUCAGAUCAGGGGACAGUCUGUGUGAAUGGAAAGUGUCUGAAGCCAGGAUGUGACUUGAUCUUUGGAUCUGAGCAGCAGGAGGACGCCUGCAUGGUGUGUGGAGGCCACAACUCAACCUGCCUUCAUCACAGGAGUGUUUAUCAAAGCAACGGGCAGAACAACGGACAGUUUGGGUACAGUGAGGUCACUAUGAUCCCAGCCGGAGCCACACACAUCAGAGUGACUGAUAACAGCAGAAACUAUCUAGCACUCCAGAAUGGGCGCUCUCAGUUUGUAAUCAAUGGGAACUGGAAGAUCAAUGUUCCUGGGGAGUACAAUGUGGCAGGAACCAAACUUUUGUACCGGCGCUCUGCUGAUACCUGGGAGAGUUUUGAAGUUCCAGGACCUACUCAGGAGGACCUGCACAUCAUGGUCUUAUCCACUGAUAAGAACUCUGGGAUUGAAUAUGAGUACUGGCUGCCUCCAGACCGCUACGCCCUGUAUCAUGGGAGAAGUCAACUUCGGCAGCCUUACCACACAUCAAACCACUUACCCUUUGAUCUUCCAACCACUACAACUACCACUACAACCACUACUACAACACAGCCAGUCACAAAAGCUCAUUUCUGGGGUCCUGCUGCUCGCUGGCCUCUUCAACCCCCCUAUCAACAGCAGCCAGUCCCACGUUUGGAAAGAGAUGAAAACCGCAGGAACCGACUUCCUGAAAUACAUCGUAGAGGCCACUGUGGCAAAUGUCGCCGGGUACGAGGGAAAGGUGAGCGCCAGAGACAGUAUUGCCAAAAAGAUUUUGUAUUUCGAGCAAAAGUCCUGGAAAAAGUCUAUACGGGGGAGGAAACCCGCUAUGACGUCCAGAUCAUCCACACAUACCGCAACCGUUAUCGCCUCGAGCACCGUGAGUUCCUGUGGGCGCCCAACAAAUGUGACUGUCCCUUUCUGGAGGAGGGGCAUCAGUACGUGUUGAUGCUGCGGCGACAUAUUAAUUAUGAACGCACUCUCAAUCGCAUCCUAUUGGAGGAGGACAGCUACGCACAGCCUUAUCGAGCACGUGAGGACAGCCUGCUGCGCCCCCUAGAGGAGGUCUGCGGUAACAGCGGCAGCAGGACUCAGUUCAGGGGGUAAACACACAGAAGAUCACAUGUUCACAGCACACUUUUUCUGAAGUUCAACAGACAGAAACCCUGCUCUGAUGCUGAAUUGAAAUCGACGAUUUUACUAAAGCAUUUUGCAUUCCUCAAUAAGGACAAAUGGACUCUUUGUCAGGAUGAAUUAUGUCCAUGUGGGCAAAACCAAAGCAAAGUCACUAAAUGAAGCACUUUAGGUGGACAGUCACCUUCUUUUAAAACUUAUACACCAAAGUAAAUAAUAUACACACAAUUUAUGAUGCCUUUCUAGCACCACGUUUGUUAAUGGCAUAAAAUCGCUUGACAGCAUGUAUAUCUUUAUCAUGUGCAUUUUGAUGUUUUUUAUAUAUGUAUUUAUAAGCAAACAGUAUUUCUA